AUGGCACCCCCAAAGUCUCAAAGGGCAUCGGAUUUCUUCCGGCAGGGUAAGGGAGGCAAGCAGUGCUUGGAACAAGAUGGCGGCGGCUCCCGCUCACCCACUCACACCUCAGACACAGGAUCAGACACAGAUUCGAGGCAAGCAACUGCUGAUGACCUCUCUGUGUCGGAGAAACGCCUGGCGUCCAUGCUGCAGGACCUACGCACCUCUAUGAAAACUGACUUUCAGGCUGCGGUCUCCGACAUGCGCAAAGACAUGAAGUGGGGACACGAGUGA